GUAAUAAGUAAACAAUCGUGAGAUAUUAGUUAUUACGUGCGGAUCGACCGAAGCUGGUAUUGGGUACUCGGUACUCGUAUAUAAGUGCACCGGUCGUAUUAAACGUUGAGCAGAAGUUACUGGCGCGCGAAUCAGAAAGAACUCACAGUUUGGCAAAAAAGCAAAAACAACAACAAAAACAAAAGCGCGGAAAUAAAUAUAAAAAAAAACAAUUUGUGUACAGUGCACCGAUUGUCAACAUAAAAAGGUGAUUGGAACGCGCGUCGAUCGCAUUUAUAUCUCGGAAGUGCAGUGAACAAUAUCUAAAAUCUAGCAAUAGCAAAAAUUAUAUGCAUCUACUGAUGUCACAAAUGAACAUAACAUAAAAAGUCAUAAAUACACAAAUAAAAAAUAUCUAGAUAUCAAUGCGGGACAUUAUUAACUGCAAAAAGUGACUAAAUCUGAAGUACUAUUAGUUGAUAAGAGUUUAUGAAAGAGUGAAGUUGUUCAAACGAAGCACCAAACUAGCACGGAGCAAUAGCCAGAAUAAAUGGAUAGCAAAUUGGAGAAAAAUGAGGACAAUGCGCAACGUAAAGGUUGGACACCUCUGUUGGCACUGGUUUGCUUUGCAACCACUCUUGGUACCGCAAUUCCCGUUGGCUAUUGUCUGGGAGUUAUGAAUACAACCGCAGAGUAUAUUAAAUCCUGGUGUCUCGAUGCAUUUGCGAUACGUUACAACGAGCAAUUGAGUUCAUCACAAGUGGAUCUGCUUUGGUCGGCGAUUGUGUCUAUAUUUCUUAUUGGCGGCAUUUUCGGGUCAUUUAUAGCUGGAAGUUUUUGUAAUAGAUUUGGAAGAAAAGGAUCGCUGCUGGUCAGCGCAUUCCUGUUGACACUCUCCGGAAUUCUUUUACACUUUUGCCGAAUGACAAAUUCGGUGGAAAUGCUCUUAAUUGGACGUUUUACCAUUGGGGUUGCUGCCGCAAUCACCUACACCGUUCAUCCGAUUUACCUUCUGGAGAUUUCACCAACUCACCUACGCGGCAGUGCAGCUGUCUUCACAUCGAUCGGCGUGACUGGCGGCAUUUUCGUUGGACAAAUUUUUAGUCUUCAGCAGGUUUUUGGCACCGAAGAUCUGUGGGAGUUCGCACUCAGCUUCUAUACAGUGUUGGUAGUGGUUAGCUUCCUUCCGGUUUACUGGUAUCCGGAAUCGCCACGUUGGCUUUAUUUGAUGCGUCAAGAUGAGCCAGCGGCGCGCAAAGAACUGCAACGUUUGCGCGGACAGAAUUCCGAUGAGUGCGUGAAUAUCGAAAUAGCGGAUAUGAAAGAAUUAGUUGCAUAUGCGAGCAACGAAAAAAUAGGGUUUUUGGCUGUUGUGAAAAAUCCCGAAUACUUGUUGCCACUAGUAAUAUGUUGCUCAUUUCCACUAUGCCAACAAUUAAGUGGCAUUAAUGCGAUCUUCUUCUACUCGGUGAGAAUAUUCAUGAAAGGAGGCUUUUCGCUAGAGAUUGCAACGUGGAUGAAUUUUGGGGCAGGCAUUUUGAAUUUAAUAUUUGCUAGUGUAAGCCCUGUAAUGGUGCAAAAGUUUGGUCGUCGUCCUCUAAUGAUGUUUUCCGCUGGCGGCUGUGGAAUAUCGCUCUUCGGCAUGGCUUUUGCCCUGAAUUACAUUGACCGCGUUAGUUGGUUGCCAAUUCUUUGCAUUGCCUUCAUUGCUUCGUUCAUAUUCUUCUUCAACGUGGGCCUGGCGCCUGUGCCAUAUUUUGUGGGCGCAGAACUCUUUGAAGUCGAGUCACGGUCGGUGGCCAUGUCGAUGGGCAAUUUUUUUUCAUGGAGUGGUAACUUUAUGAUUGGAAUGUUCUUUCCCAUGUUGGAGGCUAUUUGGGGUUCUUACGCCUUCCUACCUUGUGCUGCGAUGUGUCUUUAUUGUUUUCUGUUAACGUGGCGUUAUCUUCCCGAGACUCGCGGAAAAGAUGUUGCGGACGUUAAACCAUUAAUGGCUAAAGGAUUUCGUUCUAAGGUGCAUUGAUGAGCGACAUCUAAUUUAAGAAAACUUAAGAAACCAUAAUGUUUUCGUAUGUUAAAAGGUAUACAAGUAUGUACGAGUGCUUUAAUAUUAGCAUUCAUAGAUGUCCCUAUACUGUAAAGUUUAAAUUUAAGAUAUUUCAAAUGUAAAUAGGUUGCAUAUGUUCUCUGUAUGUAUAUAUCUUUAUGCACGUAUCUAUAGUUAUUUAUUUAUUUCUUCCAAUUAUUGCAAGCUUCAAUAUCGCAUCCAUCUUAUACAAAUUUCGACAUUUUCAAAUGAAUGAAACAAAUUGUUGUUCACGCUAAAACAAAUGACAUCUACAGAAAAUGACGCGAAACGACAGUACCUUAGAAAUGAAUAUAGCCACAGAUGAACACGACGCGAAAUAAUACUAGUAGACCCCUCUUUUGGAAAACCGCACGAAUUAAUGCAUACACCCAAUAUAAUAUAUAUAAAUAUAGGUAUAUACAUAUGUACAUAUAUAAAUAUAUAAGCAGUUAUAUGCCAAUCAUUAUUACGUUUUAAAAUAAAAGUUGUCAAAAGUGUGUAAAAGUUAAUGUGAAAGUUGUUACUAAUUGGCAGUUCUCACGAAUUUAUGUAGCAAAAGUUGAGUUGCCCUUGCUUUUCUAUUUCUUUUGCUAUUUAAAUAAUAUUCCGUAGGUGGUGUCAUAUUCGAGAUAUACAUUUGUUGACAAGACAGUAAAAUUUAGCUUGACUGCUUUUACUAUCAAAUUAUGACUGAUGACAGACAUAAUUCGAAGCAAUUUUUUACAAAAAACAUUGAAACAAAAAACCUACCAAUUGAUGACAUUUCCAGAUAAUUUAGUCGUAGAGAAAGAUAUAAGUAUGAACUCUCUUUUACGACACAACCAUUUCAAACUGCACCACGGUCCUAUACUAGCAUACAAGACGAGUUUAGUGAACUCAAAAUAUUAUAUCUAAAUUUGGCAAUAAAACGAAAUGAGAAAUAAAAUUGGGAACUAUUGAAGCUUUAGCGGUAUUUUAACAUUCGAGUAUACUAUUAGUUAGUCCGUAUUGUCCGAGUACAGAGUGCAUAGAAGACUCUGAACACGUAUUUUUUUAGUGCCCCCGUUUUUUAAAUAUUAGGGAAAAGUUAAAAUCUACACUCGGCGGUAGUCUAACGGGGGAAACUUUAACAGCACAUAUGUGUCAGUCCUCUGAUAAAUGGAAAACUGUCAGCGAUGCGGCAGCUCUAAUUAUGACAAAACUGAGUUACUUACAACAGAUUAGGUGUCAGUCAGUCCGAUACUUAAAUGUUAUUUUCUCUCCCAUGAAGUAAUACUUAAUCCGGUGGUUACGUGGGAGAGACAUGGAUUGGGAGUAGGUUAGGUUUAGCGGAAUUAAAUAUUUUCCCUAUGACAAAUAAGUUUUUUGCAACCAUUCUGAUGAAUAUUAACCAAAUAGUACUAUUCGAAUAGUCGCAGUAGAACGAAUAUGCACGUGGCGUGAAUAUUUCACAACAGAAGCUAAGUUCAAAGUGGUCAGGCGUUUUGUUACAAUACGUUAACGAAUUCAAAUUCUUGUUGAUGGAUUUUGAAGAUAAAGGUGUUGUAGUUAAUCUUAAAUCGAUACAUUAGUUUACCCUGUAUUUCAUGCAUUUUAUGUUCGUCUUUAAUAUGUUUACAUAAAGUUUUAGUUGUGUUCCCCCCCGGAUCCCCCUUUCAUUUCUUUUUCAGUGUAUCUGUGUAUGUCUUAAGGUAAGAAAAAAUAUAAGUGUAGCUACCGCAAUUUGCCUAAAUGCGUAUAAUCUGCAAUAUACUAACGUCAUAUAUUUCAUUCAAAAAUAAAAAUAAAUAAAUAAAAUUUGCCUAGGAAAACCGCUGCUUUGAUCUGUUGUUGUGCUGUAUUUGUGUGUUUUUCAAUAAUCCAGACAUAUCUGCUGAUAAUACGGGAAUUGGUAAAAGUUUAAUACACAGAGCAUCAACUUUGUUGCAAGCCAUAUCUUUGGUUUACAAAAUUAGUUCAGCAAAAUUUGGAGACAAUGCUUUUGAAACCGCAAAGCAGCUGAUUGGCAAAUAUCCCUGGUUUUAACUCCCUCCAUCGGUUCAUACAAUUUUACUUAAUGGGUUUGAAGUUAUAAAACAUUCCUUGGUUUCGAUUGGGGAGCUCCUGAAGAAGUUGCAGUGGCAAGGAUUAAAGAUUAAAGACAAAGGUUCCAAUGUAAUGAACAUAUUUCUUUUAAGCCUUGAUCUCUUUAUUAUUGGGCAACGAAAACAUGCUUAUAAUCACAAACAACGCUAAUAUAGUCCAAAAUAGAUUUAAUUGAUGAGACAAUACGAAAAUUAUUAAUAAAAUUGUUGUUUGUUUUUUAA